GUACACACACACACACACACACACACGCACACGCACAUCCAGGGAUGGCUGUCUGUUGCUGGAGCAGAGGCUGAUUAAACACUCAGCAUGUUGGCUUUCUGGGCAGCUCCGGGAAAAUAAUGAAUUGGGUAAGGAACAGUUAAUAAGAAAACGUGCCUUGCUCGCUGUGCACAUUAUAACAAAGAGCUGGCAGCUCCUGAAGGAAAAGGGCUUGUGCCGCUGCCGUUCAAACUUGUCAGUCAGCUCGUGCCAGCAGCCUCAGCGUCUGCCUCCCCAGCACACCCUCAUUACAUGUGUCUGUCUGGCCCGAUCCGUGCAUCUGCUCAGAGACGCUCCUGACAAGUCGGAAAUUCUCCAUCUCUCCACUAGUGCAAAGAGCGGGUUUGUCACCCCCACUCCUCUCUCCACCGAGGCUCCUUGAUUUAUGGUAGCUUUGGAUUUGCUUCACCGUCUGCCUGUCCUUGACUUCUAGAAUGGAGGAAGCUGAGCUGGUGAAGGGAAGACUCCAGGCCAUCACGGAUAAAAGGAAAAUACAGGAAGAAAUAUCCCAGAGACGUCUGAAGGUAGAGGAAGAGAAAUUAAAGCACCAACAUUUGAAGAAAAAGGCCUUGAGGGAGAAAUGGCUUCUAGAUGGAAUCAGCAGUGGAAAAGAACAAGAAGAGAUGAAGAAGCAAAAUCAACAAGACCAGCACCAGAUUCAGGUUCUCGAACAAAGUAUCCUCAGGCUUGAAAAAGAGAUCCAAGAUCUUGAAAAGGCUGAGCUUCAAAUCUCAAGGAAUGAGGAGGCAAUCUUAAAGAAACUCAAAUCAAUUGAGAGGACAACCGAAGACAUAAUACGGUCUGUGAAGGAGGAGAAGGAAGAAACGCCAGAAGAGUCCAUUGAGGACAUCUAUGCCAAUAUCCCCGACCUUCCAAAAUCCUACAUACCUUCCAGGUUAAGGAAAGAAAGAAAUGAAGACAUUGAAGAUGAUGAACAAAACAGAAAAGCUUUGUAUGCCAUGGAAAUAAAAGUUGAAAAAGACUUGAAGACUGGAGAAAGUACGGUUCUGUCUUCCAUACCUCUCCCAUCAGACGACUUUAAAGGCACAGGAGUAAAAGUUUACGAUGACGGGCAAAAGUCAGUGUACGCAGUAAGCGCUAAUCACAGCGCAGCGUACAAUGGCACCGACGGCCUGGCCCCAGUUGAGGUCGAGGAACUUUUAAGACAAGCCUCAGAGAGAAACUCUAAAUCCCCCACGGAGUAUCAUGAGCCUGUGUAUGCCAAUCCAUUUUGCAGGCCCACAACCCCACAGAGAGAAAAGCUAACCCCCGGACCAAACUUUCAAGAAAGGAUGAAGAUGAAAGCUAACGGACUGGGCAAUGAUGUCAAUGCAUCCGCACACAGUAUGGACAACGGACUUUCAGAGGAAAGGGGCAAUGACUUCAAUCACGUCAGUCCCAUUCGGCCCAUCCCUCAUCCCCGAUCAGUGAUUCAACAGACAGAUGAGAUGCCCCACGACCCACAGAAGAGGCUGACUCCUCGGGAAGAAUCCCGUGCCACGCGGGACGAAGACACACCCUCUCCAAAGGCAAGACCCAGGGAAACAAUAGCUGGAGAGUCUCAGGGCCAGGGACCUUCCCCCACUUGUCAGGAGGAAGAGGAAGACAUUAGAUAUAAUAUUGUCCACUCCCUGCCUCCUGACCUAAAUGACAGAGAACCCGUGACCAUGAUUUUCAUGGGCUAUCAGCACGCCGACGACAAUGAAGAGGAAAAGAAGCUCCUGACGGGGUACGACGGGAUCAUCCACGCUGAGCUGGUUGUGAUUGAUGACGAAGAGGAGGAAGGCCAAGGGGCCGCUGAGAAGCCGUCCUACCACCCUGUGGCUCCCUGCAGUCAGGUUUACCAGCCGGCCAAACCAACACCACUUCCUAGGAAGAGGUCGGAGGUCAGUCCCCAUGAAAACGCAAAUCAUAAAUCUCCCCACAAAAAUUCCAUAUCGCUGAAAGAGCAAGAAGCCAGUUUAGGGAGGCCUGUCUGCCACUCUCCACUGGAUGUUCAGACAGCGGGCGAUGGCACUGAGGAUCCAUCCUUAACAGCUUUAAGGAUGAGAAUGGCAAAGCUGGGGAAGAAGGUGAUCUGAGAGACGUACCACCUGUGGAAACGUCCUCUGGAGGAGAAACUAACAAACGUCUGCCAAUUUCUCUUCAGGAUAUUUUUGUUUAUAUUUUUGAAAUCCAAAAAUUUAUAAUUACAGUAUACCCAUAAUAAGCCAUAUGAACGAGUAGCAGUCAUUAUUUGUGAAUAAUUAAAAAAAAACAAACCUAGGGAGAAUAAAUGCUUAACUUUUCCAGUUACUUGACAAGAUUAAGUGGGGGGAAAAACCAGCAUUUUUUAUUGUAUUGAUACCAAAGCAUUUCUAAUAAGAGCUUGUUAAAUUUAAGAAUAAAGUUAUUUAAAAUAUCCUGA